AAGGAGGUUAAACGUUUGGGAAGAAAGCGUCGGAAAGCGUCAGAAAGCGGACGCGUGGAGUGGCGCGCGUAAAGUGGCGCGCGGAGUGGCACGAUUCGAGCGGUCGAGGAAAGAAAGCGCAACGGGUCGGAGGAAGUUUAACGAGCGAAGUGCAAGACCGAGAACUAAGGGGAGAGAAAAGUGCAACUUGUACGGCGCAUACUCACGCAUGUCUCAGCUUCCCCUACUUCGUAACCGGCCGGUACACAGAGAGGUGUCCAGAGAUGGAGAACUACCGGUAUAUAUCAUCACGUCGUCGGCCGCUACACACACUUUCGUAUUUAUCGGGAGAAGAAGGGGAGGAAAGGCCACGGACUGUACCUUCGGGCCAGUGCGUUCCGAGAUUUCGCGGUGAGAGGACACCUCGACCACAUUCUUCUUCGCGCCGUUCCAGAAGGACCGCGAUCGCAGGAAAUCCAUCGCGCAUCAACAACUCCCGACAUGGCUUCGGCAAUCAAGCUGCUGUUGGUCGCUUGCGCUUUGCUCGUCUACACCGUGGUGGCAGAAUCGGAAGAAGGACAGACUGGAAGAUCGCGAGUCACCGACGAACAAUUGAAUAUGGCUUUAAGCGACCAACGUUACUUGAGAAGGCAGCUGAAAUGCGCGCUAGGAGAGGCUCCCUGUGACCCGGUCGGAAGACGUUUAAAAAGUUUAGCACCACUGGUUUUGAGAGGCUCCUGCCCGCAAUGUAGCCCCGAGGAAACACGACAGAUCAAGAAGGUCCUUUCACACAUUCAGCGAACCUAUCCAAAGGAGUGGUCGAAGAUAGUGCAGCAGUAUGCCGGAGUUUCGUAAGACGAGGGAUAAUGGGAGCAGCUGAAGGGAAAACGACGAUGCUGGAUACGUCGAUAAAAAGGGAAAAGAUAAAACACGGAAAGCUGCAGAUGGAGGAUCUGCUUAGAAUAGCCGUUUAAACGAUCGGUAUACACCUGACAUCGAUGAUUAAAUCGUUUUUCUUCGUACAUUUGCGAAUGGUAUCGAGUUAGUCGUUUCAAAGACACGCGUCCUUUUGCAUUUCGAACUACCUUCUUUCUCACGGAACACCGCUAUUAUCAUUAGCGUUAAUAGUUAAUCGUUAAGUGUUUUACACGUAAGCAGUUCUUUAUACACGUCGAGAUAACGUAUAUGC